UCUGCGCCUCUCCCGGUGGUCCGGCGAGGUGGACGGAGGUCGCGUGACCGACUGACCGUUGCCGGCGACGCCAGCCCAGACCCACCAGGUCCCCCCUCCCCAGCCGUGCCCGCGAGUAUAUAUCUGCCGUGCCCACCGCAUGUGUGGUAGUAGCCCAACACAACACAAGUCAAGUCAGUCCGAGCCCCGCAGGUGUCGACACCGCGCCGCGAGGGUGGGGGGAAGGGGGGAACUGGGGACCAUGAGCGCGCCCGGGCGAGCUCCGUGCGGCCUGCCGCGCAUCGGGCUGGGCACGGCGGUGCAGGGCCCGCGGCCGGACCCCGUCCGCGCCGCGGUGCUCCGCGCCAUCCAGCUCGGCUACCGCCACUUCGACACGGCCGCGCACUACGCCACCGAGGCGCCCAUCGGGGAGGCCGCCGCCGAGGCCGUGCGUGCGGGGGUCGUCGCCUCCCGCGAGGAGCUCUUCAUCACGUCCAAGGUCUGGUGCGCCGACGCGCACCCGGACAGGGUGCUCCCGGCGCUCCGCCGGACGCUCAGCAAUCUCCAGAUGGAGUACGUGGAUCUGUACAUGGUCCACUGGCCCGUGACCAUGAAGGCCGGGAGGUACACGGCCCCCUUCACGCCCGAGGACUUCGAGCCGUUCGACAUGCGAUCCGUGUGGGAGGCCAUGGAGGAGUGCCACCGCCUGGGCCUCGCCAAGGCCAUCGGCGUCUGCAACUUCUCCUGCAAGAAGCUCGACACCCUGCUGUCCUUCGCCACCAUCCCUCCCCUCGUCAAUCAGGUUGAGAUCAACCCAGUGUGGCAGCAGCAUAAGCUGAGGGAGUUCUGCCGGGAGAAAGGCAUCCAGCUAUGCGCCUACUCGCCCCUGGGCGCCAAGGGCACGCACUGGGGCAGCGACUCGGUGAUGGACUCUGGUGUCCUGCACGAGAUCGCCAAGUCCAAGGGCAAAACCGUGGCACAGGUGUGCCUGAGGUGGGUGUACGAGCAGGGCGACUGCCUGAUCGUGAAGAGCUUCGACGAAGGGCGGAUGAAGGAGAACCUGGACAUCGUGGGCUGGGAGCUGACGGAGGAGGAGAGGCAGCGCAUCAGCAAGAUCCCCCAGAGGAAGAUCAACCAGGGCCGCCGCUACGUCUCCGAGCACGGGCCCUACAAGUCCCUCGAGGAGCUCUGGGACGGCGAGAUAUAAGUCAACGUCCGUUCUGCCUGCAGGCUAGCUGCGCCAUGCAUGACGACGGACCGAGAGGAGCGGAGCUCCCCGUCAUCACAAGUCACAAGGAGUGGCUCGUUCGUGCUCAAUAAUGGUCUUUUUAAUUAUGUCCUUUCCAUCUGCAACAAAAAUGAUGAUGCUCAGCUGUGCGUGAAAUAAACUAAAAGGAUUUCGGGUUAGUGUAA